AAAGGAGAGGAAACCUUAACAAAAAUUAGGGUUUCAUAUCUCAAACGACUGGGCGAUGAAAGCUGAGGAACUGGGAAACGAAGAGGUGACAUGUUCUGAUAGGAUCAGUGACCUACCUGAUGACUUGCUCUUUCGAAUCCUCUCAUUGGUUCCGGUAAGAAUCGCAUUGUCCACAAGCUUAUUGUCUAAACGAUGGAACUAUGUGUGGAAGAUGAUGCCAACGCUUGUGUAUGACGAAACAUGUCCCUACAAUGGUUCCCUUGGAUUUGACCAAUUUUGUCGCAUGUCCUUGCCAUUACACGAAGCUCCUGUUCUCAAAACCCUAAACAUCAAACUUGGGGAAUACUCUGAUUCCAUAGAUACUCUCUUAUUCCCAAACAUCCGUUCCAUUCUCCUAGAGAUCAUAAUCACUUUGAAUUAUCAUCAGGUUUUUUACUCUCCCAUCAGAUUCCCAAAUAACCUCAAAGUCUUCAAAACACUCCUUGUCUUGAAACUCGAAGGCAGGAUUGCUGUGGACGUUGUAGACUCUCCUGUUUGUUUCCCUUCCCUGAAAAUUUUGCACGUCACACGUGUGAGGUUUCAGUACAAAGAAGAAUCUUUCAAAAGAGUUUUAUCGGCUUGUCCUGUUCUUGAAGAUCUCUACCUCCAAAGACUUUGCAGUCUUGGCCGUUUUAUGUUCACUAUAUCAGUCCCUACUCUACAGAGAUUAUCCAUUGAUACACAAUCUGUAUAUCAUUGUUACGAUGAUCUAAGAUUCGAGAUAAACACUCCUUCUUUGAACAACUUAAAGAUCAACGAUCGUGGAGGUUGUUUUAAUUUUGUUGAGGAUAUGCCUAAGCUGGUAGAGGCAAAUAUUUCUUUGCUUGAGUCAGAAACAGGGAAGCUCAUGAAAGUUCUAACUUAUUUCCGCGCACUUGAGCAUCUUUCCUUAAGGUUAUCCCAAUAUUGGUAAAACGCUUCACAUCUUAAGGGUACAUUAAUCUCCAAACGGAUUCUUCAUCUGGAACUACAUAUUUACGAUACAAUUCAGUUGAGUCUGCUUACGCAUUUGCUUGAAGAGUAUCCUAAGCUACGAUCUCUCAAGCUCAACCAGAAUCAUUGGUUUCCUAAGAGAGGUGUCGAGGAUCAACCGAGAUCUGUUCCUGAAUGCUUGAGCUUCCAUUUGGAAACUCUUGAAUGGAUAGGCUAUGCAGGAACACUGGAAGAGAAUGAAGUCGCCACUUAUAUUCUGAAAAACGCUCAUUGUUUGAAAACUGCUACGAUCUCUCUAUAUUCAACGGACACGGAGAAGCGUAUGCUGAUAGAAAAGGAGUUGAGAUCUAUGACUAAAGGUUCAUGUCAGCUUGUAAUCUUGUUACUGGAUUAUUAGCGUUUUAUAUUAUAUUAUAAGGUUUGAAACAGAGGAGUUUAUGAAUCCUAAGAAAAUAUCAAAAAGCUAUUAUAGCUUGCUAGCUCCUUAUAAUUGCUCAGAAAUUUUUUUUUUUUUUGGGCAACGCUCAGAAAAUCUUAAUGCUCAAGAAAGAUAACUAUAUCUCAAACUACAUUGUUGGCAACUAAUUCUGAGCUUAAUCGAACAUUUUCUAACCUACAAAAUUCUCAAACUCAACUAGGUAAAUCAGAAUGGCAUGCUGCUACGUACCUAACUCUGGUGCCUUUAUCAUGAAUGUUUGAUCCAUCAUCCAUCUUAAAACUCUUCAGUGGUUAGGCUAGGUAGGAACACAAGAUUUCAAACUCAUUGCCAUUUUUUUUAAUUUUUUUUGUCAUCAAAAGCUUCAUUCCAAAUUCAUAUUGUUCCAUACAUGCGCUUCAUGAGCUGACCUCAAGGGGAACUUAACCUCUACUAAAGAGCAGUCUUCUUCAACUGAUCGGGCCACUUUAGCAAAAGUAUCCGCACGAAUAUUCAAAGAUUGGUGAAUAAAACUAAGUGAGAAAGUAUCAAAGGAAGAACGUAUUGAGCCAAUUUGAUCCCGUUCAGGAUCCAAGGCAGGCCAAGGUUUGACGUGCUGGAUAAUGUACACCACCUGUAGGCAAUCAGACUCAAAACUGACUUGUUGGAGACUUCGGUUGCUUAUUUCCUUCAUUGCCCAGUAUAUGCUCUCCGCUUCCGCAUGAAGUGGAGAUUUCAGCUGUUGACAUUUUCUUUGUCCGGUGAUCACCUCUUUAACAAGCUCCAACAAGACAAAGCCCAAACCCGUUCCAGUUGUUGAGUCCGUCCAAAAGGCAUCAACUUGGCAUCUCAAAUUUACUAACCGCCAAACCUAAUAAUCCGAUUAUAAUCAAAACAAAUCUUCUAAAUUUGUUCUAAAAAAAAUUAUAAUAGAAAAAUCAAAACAAAUCUUAACUAAUUAGCGAGAUUUUUUUUUUAAGGUGCUUUGUAUUUUGGCUGCCGUUUCCUUCGCAAAGAUCUCGGAAUAUUUCCUUUUAAACUUCACGGUCUUAUACCAAAAUUAGGUUAUAAAUAGAAAAUAUUAGGGUUAUAUGCGAGCUGUUUUUUUGGGUGUGCUCGUAUACUUGAUAAAAUCAGGUACAAUGUCGAUUUCCUUAGAAUACUACAAGAUCUCUCUUUUUGAAUAAUUUAUAAAUCUUUUCAGAAACAAUGAUUUGGUUUCAGAUCAAAAGUUUCUACAUUAAUCCACUGUGUUUUUUUUUUCACAUGGUGUGUUUUAUAUGAAUUUGCUGGGUUUUUCUUUGACCAAGUUUAGCAUCUCCUAGUUCUUACUGAAUCUGACAAUUCCAUAUGCGUAAGCUGGGAAGAGGCAACAGUUCAAAAGAUCUAAUAUUUUUUUUAUAACUUAUGGCGAUAAUUUACAUAAUACUUUGUAAAUGCCUACAAUGUUAUGUCUAUGGAACUCUAUUAACGUGCACGUGCCUUGCAAACUUGCUCUGGUUUGAAAACAUGACAGCAGGGCGUCUCAAAUUAAUUUUAUACCAUGUUCAUUAUAUCAAGUAAUUUUAAAAUUUAAUAACUUUAUCUGAUGUUUUCUAUUAUAAGUUAUAAAUUUAGCAUUAUAUCUAAAAUUAUAAAGUUUUUUACCAUAAUUUAUUUAUAUAUUUUAAAAAAAAUUUAAAUUUUAUAUUUUUAUAUUUUUGGACCCUUCGACCGCUCCACUUGCGGUUAGACAGUCCUCUAUGACAGUAAUAUGUAUAUAUGAUUUAAGUCUUCAUAUUUUAGUGUUUGUGCUAAUUUUAGUGUACUAUCUUUGUUGUUCAGCUUUUCGUUGAGAUUAACUCAGGUUUUUACCGUUUUACCGUUGAGCAUUGGCUCCGGUUGUAACCACUUAAUAUAUUUCGUUGACAAAAAAAUGCUUAUUUAUUCUUCCAUGAUUUUUUAGUUAUUAUUCAGAUAUGGAUCCAUAGUUCAGCUAAUAGUUAGGUGUUUUUGUGUAGAUAUUUAUCUUUGCCCACAAUACCUUUUUGACUUAUUGGAAUAAAAUUUAAGUUUCGAUUCAGGGCUUAUGAAGAUGGUUGUUCCUGUGUUUGAUGGGACUCAUUAUGAGUGUUGGAGCGUAAAAAUGAAAACGUUUUUGAAGGCUAUCGAUCUAUGGGAUGUCGUGGAGACAGGAAUAUUUCAACAAGAGGAAAUUUCAUCGGCAUAUCAAAAAUUUGAAGAAGGUUAUGCAUCAUCAUCAUCAUCCACUGAUUCAGCCUCGCGGAAACAAUGGAUGGAAAUGAAGGACACAACAGCGCUUCAUAUGAUCCAAAAUGCAUUAGCCUUUGAAAUUUUUCCGUGGAUAGCGUCUGCUACAUCAUCAAAGGAGGCAUGGGAUCUUUUGUUAGUGAAAUCACUAGGAGGUCCUUUGUUUCAAGCUAGAAAGCUUCUUGAUCUCAAGAAAGAGUAUCAUAAUAUGAAAAUGAGUGACACAGAAACAGUUCAUCAGUUUACUGAUAAGCUAAUGGAACUUGUGUUUCGUAUGAAGUCUUGUGGAUGGGAGGUCGAAGAUAAAGAAGUGGUGCAGAAAAUUCUUUCCUCUUUGCCUUUAAGAUUUAAUGAAGCGUUAGUCGAAGAAGCGGAAACACUUUCUAUUAGUGAUCUCAUUGAUUUCUUGCUGGUUCAUGAAUACUAUACGGAACCGGCUCAAGAAUCUGUAGAAGAGUCGGUCACUGGUGUGGAAAAAUGUCUCGGUGACAAACGUGAAACGUCAAACUCUUCGGAAAAUGUCUCUCAAAGCAAACGGAGCAUCAGAAAGGUUAAAGUCUCCCAAGUGGCAUCGACGGAGAGACCACGGAGAGAAGAGGAGCGGGAGUUAAAAGUUUUUUUGGUUUUGAUCUAUCUUUUGUUCUGAACAAACGUUUUCAAUUAAAUGCAUGAGAAAAGGAGAAAAAAAUAGAAGCCUUUAGUAAAGUUUUUCGUAAGUCUGGGUUGUAGCUAAACUGCAUCAUGUUAGAGAAUAGUUGAGGGUUUGUCUCCCUGAGACACAUUCCGGUGAGUACUGUGCUGUGAUUCCUCUCUGUCCAGAGUAAUAAGUAGAGCGUUUGUUUUGCCAGAUGAUGGGAAUAAAGCAUUCUUUGUUUUGGUGUUAACUUUAGUCAAGUGCUUUGUUUGGUCUAAUUCUAGUUGAAUUGAUGAAUGAAUACAUGAUUUUUUUUAUCUUUGUCAGUGCUGAUUUUAUAUAUUUUUUAAAGAAUCUGAGAUAUUGUUUGAUAUUUAAUAUUUGUUUUUACGACCAGUUUUAGUUUUUUUUUUCUUGAUUUGUAUCCUUAUUAAUUGGAUCAGAUGUUUAAAAACAAAACAAAAUUUCGACCAAAGAAAAAGUAAAAUACAUAUAUAGUUUUCUUUGAAAAAAAUAAUUAUUAUUUAAGUAGUUUUGUAUUUAAAAUUUAAAUAUUGAGGUGUAGUCUUCUUGAGUUACAAUGUUGAAAUCCUUUGGAGAGCUGUGCGUUAGGUAGAUUUUCCAUUCAUGUGUUUGUGGCACGUGUCUUUGACUCCUUUUCUUCCUUUUAAAACAGUGAAGAACAGAGUAACAAGUAUAGAUUUCUCACCGACACAAAGUCGAGAUCGUAUCUCCCGUUAUUGCACUACACUACGAGUUCUCAGUGGCAAAAAGCCAAGGUAAUUUCAGCUUAUAACCCCCCACCGUCCUUUAAGUUCUUGAAUCUUGUCCAUGGUGUUGACUAGAGAUCUCCAUGUUUGCUAAGGUAAAAGUAAAAGAAAAUGGAGUUUUUGAGCUUAGUGUCUUUGGAUCAUGUUUAGGAUAAUUAGAAAACUAUAGAUCAUGUGUGUAGUUUUAUGGAUUUGUAGUUGUUGCUUAUGACUUUUGAUCUUCAUCUUUAACAACAAGAAAUAGUAAUAGCCAUGGAGGCUCAAACGCAGAUGCAACAGCUUGUUCCGGUGUUUAAUGGAAACGAAUAUGAGCUUUGGAGUAUCAAAAUGAGAACCUUAUUGAUGUCCCGUGACCUAUGGGAUGUUAUAGAUAGUGAAACCUCGGAUCAGCCUAUGGAAGAAGAGUUGGUUAAGUCACAGAGAAUCAAGGAUAUGUCGGCACUUUACAUGCUUCAAAUGUCGGUAACAGACACAAUCUUUCUUCGGAUAACAAGAGCUACCUCGUCGAAGCAAGCAUGGGAACUUUUGAAGGCGGAGUUCGGAGAAACCGAGAGUAUUCGGGAUAUGAAGAAACAGAAUGUUGGGAUGAUGUAUGAGAAUUUGAUAAUGGGAGAAGAAGAAAGUGUUGAUGAGUUUGCUUGGCGAGUGAUGGAUCUUGCGAACCGGCUAAGGUUCUAUGGAAGAAACAUUCCUGAUGAUGAUGUCAUCUUUAGGAUUAUUACGAAGUUACCCGCCAGUUUUAAGGAGUCUGUAUCAUACAUUCGAACUUUAAAAGACGCUACUAUCACUGAGAUUGUUGAGAUGUUGCGAGGUGAUGAGUGGGGGCAAAGGCUUAUGGAUGAAGAAGCUUCCGGGAGUGAGUUUUGCAGGAAGAAGGGUCAUGAAACCUCAGAAUGCUAUUCAAAGAACAAGAAAGUCAGGCGGUAGAGAGAUCAUUGGUCGUUUGCAUAAUUUUAGCUAAAGAAGCAUGUAAAAGUUGUUAAUCCAGCAACCAAAAGAGUGUGCUGUGUGUUUGUUAUUGUGGAUGAAAUGCACUCGCAAUUCAUAUGUUAUAUUAUCUUGGAAGGCAACA